AUGGAUGUACCAGUAUCUGUAAUUUUUUUUGGACGCACUGGAGAGGGAAAAUCUACCCUCGCAAAUAUGAUGAUUCAAGCUGAUCUUUGUUCUGAUCGUUCUAGAAACUUAUUCCCAAUCGGUGAUAGUGCAGUUGGAGAAACUUCUGAAGUAGAAUUUAGUCAAAAUAAUAUGUUUGAAGUAUAUGAUACGAUUGGGUUAUGCGAGACAUCCGAGGGAACAAUCUCACAUAAUAAAGCUAUCAAAAAGAUUAGAUAUUAUUUCUCAAGAUUAGAAUCACCGCUCAACUAUAUAUGCUAUGUUAAAAAGAAGGGCAACACUCCAGAAUGGGCUCAUGCUAACGUAAAAGCAAUUCGAAAAUGUUUUGGAAAUCAUCCAAUCAUUGCAGUUGAUUUUCCCUUUAACGAUCGUUAUGGUGUCGAGAUUCAACAAGAAAUAAGGAAACAAAAUCGAGAACAUCUAAUAAAUUCUUUAUUAUAUCUAAGGUAUAAUUACGUCAAGUUAGAGAUUCUUGAGUAUACAACGGAGCUUGAGUCAAAAGUGGCAAAAAUUGUUGAUUUUGUGCCAUUAGUUGGUACUGCUUAUAAACUAAUCUCAUCUGGUGUAUAUUUUGUAUUAAGGAAACCAAAUUUAGCAAAGAGGCGAUUAAUGGAAGGAACUAGUGAUCUCUCUAAGAUUCUCUCUAAGCUUGCUGUGAAACUGUUAACUAAGUCUUGA